CGGCGCCCCGGGGUUCAUUUUAGAACCAAAGGAAAUUGUCUAAAAUACACGAACUCCGCCUAUUUAGUGUCCUGAGCGUGCUAAAACGAAUGCACCUAUUAAUGCGCCCGUUGGUUUACAAACUGCGAUUGGUCGAUAUGAUGGCAUAAACUCGAUUAUCAUUCCCCAUCUAUUUUCCGGGAACGCGGAAAAAGUCGUUGUAAACGAGGCGCGUGCUUGAAGAAAAACGCAAAACUGGAAACAAACGUGCACAUUUUCAGCACCCGAUCCUCGUGGAUAGCUGUAAAGAUCCAUUGCCAACAGCUAAUCAAUCAGACCAAACAAGCGUGGGGAUACGAGCAGCAGCAGCCUUUUCUUCGAUAACCAUACAGCUACCACAAAUGUGUUAUUCAGCCAAGCGGCUAUCGCGUUCACUGGAUAGUAGGCCUAGCUGUUGAGUUGCUACAAGUAUUGUUUAUAGAAGAUAAUAAACGCUGAUAUAGAUGAGAAACGCCGUUAUAAACAUUUUAGUAGAGUUACACAGCUUGUGGUGCUUGUGAUUCAGCGGGAUGUUGGAUCGGAUGGGACCAGGAAUAACGGCCUGCAAAUGAAGGGAAGCAAGUAGAAAUCGAGUAAUUCAUCGACUCCAUUUAAACGAACAGCCGUAAUCGUGGUGUUAGCUUUUUUUUUUAGUCACAUUGCUUGUUCGUGUAGCUGCACUCGAUUGUGUGAGCAUCUUUAUUAUUCCUGUCACUCUCUGACCAGGAUCCUGCGCUCUCGCUCGCCCUCCGCCACAACUGUGUAUUAGCUACUAUUUUUAAAAUCGACACGACACAGUUCGAUAUAAACAUGUGUUCUCGAGUUUGGUUUGUGACCGACCGGCGUAUCCACCAGGAGUAUCCGCAAGUUCAGAUCCUUCGGGCUCUGAAACAGCGAUGCUCCGAGGAGGAUGUUGAAUUCCGCUCUCUUCUCAUGGACCAAAUCGUGCUGACCAUCAGCGAGGGACAAUUAGGUCUGCGGGUCGAGCAGGAGGUGGUGACGUCCUACCCUCAGGUGGCGGUGGUGCGAGUCCCCACCCCCUGGGUGCAGUCGGACAGCGACAUUACGGUGCUGCGCCACCUGGAGAAGAUGGGCUGCCGGCUGGUCAACCGGCCCCAGGCCAUCCUCAACUGCGUCAACAAGUUCUGGACCUUCCAGGAGCUGGCCGGCCAUGGGGUCCCACUCCCUGACACCUUCUCCUACGGAGGACACGAGAACUUCCGCAAGAUGAUCGACGAGGCGGAACCGCUGGGCUACCCCGUGGUGGUGAAGAACGCACGUGGUCACAGAGGAAAGGCUGUGUUCCUGGCCAGGGACAAGCACCACCUGGCCGACCUGAGCCACCUGAUUCGCCAUGACGCUCCCUACCUCUUCCAGGAGUACGUGAAGGAGUCGCACGGCCGCGACGUCCGGGUGGUGCUGGUGGGCGGCCGCGUCAUCGGCUCCAUGCUGCGCUGCUCCACCGAUGGACGCAUGCAGAGCAACUGCUCCCUGGGCGGCGUGGGGAUGAUGUGCCCGCUGAGUGAGCAGGGCAAGCAGCUGGCGGUGCAGGUGUCCAACAUCCUUGGCAUGGACGUGUGCGGCAUUGACCUGCUGCAGCUCAACGACGGCUCGUUCGUGGUGUGCGAGGCCAACGCCAAUGUGGGCUUCAUUGCCUUCGAUCAGGCGUGUGGCAUGGACGUGGCGGGCAUCGUGGCCGAUUACGCCCUCUCGCUGCUGCCCAGCCGCCUCACACGCAAGAUGUCGCUGCUCUCGGUGGUGUCCAGUGCCAGCGAGACUAGCAGCGAGCCUGAGGUGUGCCCGGCGCCCAGCAGCGUAUUGCCCGAGGCCGUGUGCAACAUGAGCGUGGGCUCCACUUCUAGUGAGAGCGACCCCGAGCUGGCCGAUACCACCCCGCAGCCCACGAUCCGCCAAGUUGGCCCCAGCCCAGUCCUGCCCAACCUCCCUGACCCGGCCUACAACUUCAACACCCUCCUCGCCAACGAGAUCGAACUAUUGACUGAGUGAGCUGGAUACAGCCACGGCAUGCACGCACACUUACACACACAGACACACACACACAGACACACUUACAAACACACACCUGAACACAUGGCGAUGGACAUUCCUGUUACAGAGCACACACACAAACUCCUAUACACGUUACACAGGCAGGAUGUUACAUGCAAAAGCAUGAGCUGAACAAACAAAAAUGAAAUGAAAAAUGCCAUGAACACAGAAACUGACAUUACGAACAGACAUAGACGCACACACCUUCUCUUACUAACUCCCCCCAUAAACACAUAGAGAUCUGAGGCUGCUCCCCUGACCAUUCUCCUCUUCUCCCCACUGCGAACAACCCAGGUAGUUUACAACCGCAGGUGGGGGCAGAAGCGGGAUCCAAAAGGUUAGCUGAAUUACUGAAUUGUUUUCAAUUGCAUUGUGAGGGUGAGUUGAGUAAGAGUGUUUUUUGGGAGAGCCCUAAAAAGCAUGACAUACAUCAGCACAUAGUCAACCGAAGUUUUAUUUAUUUGCACCAAAGAAAACAAGUGAUAGACAACAAUACAGAUAAAAACACAUUUAAAGAAACGGUUUGCAGGUGUGGUUGGAAGCCCAAGGGCUUAUAUGAAAAUCACACCAAGUCUGUCACCCAAUUGAGCUGAACACACACUACAUAACUGUAUUUUGGAGGAUGAGAAUGAUGGGUGGUCGUCGUUAUAGAUCAACCACUGAGGACGUAGCCAGGCUUGAUUUACUGGUGGUGAAAUGAAGUGAUUUUCUCCAUGACUGGGAGAGGGGUACAUGCAGAGGACUAGAUAGACUGCCCACCAGCUCCAUGUAGCAGAGGACAGACCGGGUUCACCGUCACAGGGGUUAUUAGGUGCAGAUUGGGGUCAAUUCCAUUUUCUACCUCAGUUAAAUCUGGAAAUUUGGAUGAUUUGAAAUUCACAAAUAAAAAAAUCGCUGUCAAAUUUCAUUCACAUUAAAUUCACGAAUUGUCGAUGAUCAAAAUGGGACAUACCACCCAAUGCUGACAAGGAGCCCCUAAACACAGGAUCUAUGGUCUGACUUCACUUCCUCCAACUCUUAGUCGAAGAGGUUAGAAAAGUUUAGAGAUCAUUAGAAUAACAAAACUGACUUAGCACAAUUGCCUAGGGGCACCUAGUAUAGUAACAACACUACACGAUACUCUCUCAAGAGAUUCCAUCUAGAAAUGCAUAACUAUACAGUUGAAGUCGGAAGUUUACAUACACCUUAGCCAAAUACAUUUAAACUCAGUUUUUCACAAUUCCUG